AUGGAGGAAGCUCUUGUGGAUCAGCUGCAAUCUAGCCUCCUGCCUCUCCUGCAAGGCCAAAUCAACACUCUCUUCCAAGCACUAGACCCCGCUGGUUUACGAAAUCAACCAAGGCCAAAGCUUAGUCUCGUCUUGCAGACUCAAGCAGAACUCGAUGACAGCUUGGAUCAAAUCAAAUAUCUCACUGCCACCUUAUGUCCAGACCCUGCAACUCAACCACAUCGAACGGAUGACCAUGGUCUUGAACGAUUCAAAUCCUGCAGACUCUACCGGCUGAAAGCCAACGUCGAAUUAGUGUUACCCUGGCGAAUGUGUGAAAUAUUUGAGGCGGCCGAUAAGCUCAUCCAAAAGAUGGAGCUUUCAUCAGCACCAUCCAUCCCCGGUUCGCCAGAGAUAGAGUCUCUUGAUAAAUCUUUACAUGUGGCCGUUUUGGGUGCCUUGGAUACGAUCAAGAAAAUGGCCAACUGUUUACAAGCAUCUGAACUGGUGAUCGCUCAAGAUUUAUGGAAAAGUAGUAGACUUGCCAUAGAAAAUCAACUACAGUCUAUCAUUGAGAACCUCAAUCUGUCAAUGAUCAAUCGACUGAAUCUCGAACAAGCUUUGAAGGAAAAAUUCCUCGGUCAAUCAGUCAUUCAACUAGCCAAGUUAACAUUACCAAUCUUCAAACUAUCCAAGAUCUUCUUCAGCAAGGUAUCUAAGCGAGGUUUAGCUCUGUUGUAG